UGCUGCGGUUGUUGUUUCUCCUCCUCCUCCUGUUCUUUUUCCUUCUUCUUCCCCGCUCUUGUUUUUCUCCGAGUCCGCAACAUGUGGGAGAAAGAAAAAAAAGAUGCCCCUCGGCGAAGGGUUAGGAUUGGUGCCUGUUUGUUUCCCUCCACUUAUCCCUCCCACAUUUCUUUUCUUUCCUUCCUUCCUUCUCUCUAUUUGGGACCCCAAACUUCCCUGGGGUUUUAGGCACUGACUUCCUCAGUGGAGCGAAAUGUGACUUCGGGAUGAACUCGCCCAGUGCCCAGCUGGCUCCCAGGCUUGUGGUGGGGAGGGGAGGGGGGGCGUUACAGAGAGAGAGAGAGAGAGAGAGAGAGAGAGAGAGAGGAGAGAGAGAGGGGGGAGAGAGAGAAGGGGACCCUGACGAAAGCGGAACUGGCUGGGGCCCAUACAAAUCAGCAAGGAGCUCGUCCCUCCGCGCAGUGAGUGGAUAAUAUCGGAGCUUGUUGCUGAUCAGCAUCAGCAGGGAAAGAGAGAGCGAAAGGCGGGGGCGGGGGGCAGAGAGAGCGAGAGAGCGAGAAAGAGUGAGAGAGAGAGAUUGCGAGAGGGAUAGAGGGGGAAAGCAAAAAGCCCACCAGGCUUGGAAAGCCAGAGCAACAAGAGCAGCAGCCGGAGCAGAUCUCCCAGCCAGGACUUGAAGGCAGGAAGGAAGGAAGGAAGGCAGGAGUGGGAUCCGCCUCCAGAGCGACCUCGGAUCCCGGGCAUUAGCAGCAACAGCAGAAGCAGCAGCAGCAGCAGGUGGUGGUGGGCGCUGCCAUGCUGUCCCCUGGCUACUCGGAGCCGCCUCCUGAGGCCCCGGCGUCGCUGCUGCACCAGGCCAAGGAGCCCGGCGGAGAGCAGCAAGGCGAGCUGAGCCCGGCUCCGCACAAGACGGCGUCGUCCUCCUCUUCCUCGUCCUCUGUCUCGGCGGCGGCGGCGGAGAAAGGCGACCCUUCGCAGAAGCCUCCCUACUCCUACGUGGCCCUGAUCGCCAUGGCCAUCCGCGAGAGCACCGAGAAGCGCCUCACGCUGUCGGGCAUCUACCAGUACAUCAUCGGCAAGUUCCCUUUCUACGAGAAGAACAAGAAGGGCUGGCAGAACAGCAUCCGGCACAACCUGAGCCUCAACGAGUGCUUCAUCAAGGUGCCGCGCGAGGGCGGCGGGGAGCGCAAGGGCAACUACUGGACGCUGGACCCGGCCUGCGAGGACAUGUUCGAGAAGGGCAACUACCGCCGACGACGACGCAUGAAGCGCCCCUUCCGCCCGCCCGCAGGACACUUCCAGCCCGGGAAGAGCCUCUUCGGGCCCGAGGCCGCCGGGUAUGGCUACCUGGCCGCGCCGCCCGCCAAGUACCUCCAGGCGCCCUUCCUCAACGCCGCCGCCGCCUCCUGGUCGCAGCCCCCGCCGCCGCCUCCGCCGCCGCAACCCCAGGCGGGCUCCUACGCGGCCUGCCAGAUGGAAGCCGGCGGCAACGGGGGCAGCCUCAGCCCGGUCAAGAGCGUGGGCCUCUCGCCGCACGCCGGCAACGCCUACGGGCCCUACGCGCGGCUCCCCGCCGCCAUGGUGAACUCCUACAACGGCAUGGGCGCAGCCCACCACCACCACCCGCACGCCCACCACCCGCACCACCACCACCACCCCCACGCCCACCACCACCAUCACCACCACCACCACGCCGCCGCCCAGGCCGUCGCCGCCGCCGCCGCAGCCGCCGCCGCCGCCGCUUCCUCCGCCUCCUCGCCCUCCUCCUCGUCGUCCUCCUCGGCGGCCGCAGUGGUCGGCAGCCCCGCCGCCUCGCCCCAAACGGCGCCCAACGGGGCCUCCGCCGUCGCCGCCGCCGCCGCCCUCCAGUUCGCCUGCGCCCGGCAGCCGCCCGAGCUGGCCAUGAUGCACUGCUCCUACUGGGAGCACGAGGGGAGCAAGCACGGCGCCCUCCACGCACGCAUCGACCUCUGAGCGCCCGCCCGGACCCCCGACACACACGCACACACACGCAGGCACGCACGCCCCUUCGGGACCCCGCACCACCAAGGGAGAGGAGAGAAGCCACGAUCUGUGUCUCGCAAAUGUAUAUAUUGGGUGGCCUUGAUUGUUUCUCAUCCUUGCCCCCUCCAUCAGUAUAUGACAGGGACUGUCAGUGCCAAAAACAAAAAAAAAAUAACGGGGUCUGUGUCUCUCUAGUCUGUGUCUCUCAACUGCAGCGACUAAGAUAUCUGUUUUUGCAUGGUAGAGCCACGCAGGGCCUAAGAUUUCUGUCUCUCCAGCAGAGAACCCAAGAUCUCUACAAUGCAGGGCCUAAGAUUUCUGUCUCUCCAAUGUAUAUAUUGGGUUGCUUUGAUUGUUUCCUCAUCCCUCCCCCCUCCAGCCAUAUAUGACAGGGACUGUCAGUGUCCAGUUUGGGUCUCUCAACUGGAGCGACUAAGAUCUCUGUUUCUUUACUGCAGAGCCCCCAAUUUCUGUCAUGCAGGGCCUAAGAUUUCUGUCUCUCCGAUAGAGAACCGAAGAUCUUCGCAAUGAAGAGCCUAAGAUCUCUGUUUCUCCAUUGUAGAGCCCCUAAUUUAUGUCAUGUAGGGCCUAAGAUUUCUGUGUCUCCAGCAGAGAACCGAAGAUCUCAGCAAUGCAGAGCCUAAGAUCUCACAGUCUCAAAUGUAGAGCCCAGGAUUUCUGACUUUGUCAUGCAAGGCCCAAAAUUUCUGCCUUUCCCAGUCCAAGAUCUCUGUCUCUGACAAAUUUCUUCUCCGGUGUGAGAGGAAGGCAGAGAACUCUCCUCUGCCGCUUCUCUCUUUCCUAAACUCUUGUGGCUCUUUCUACCUCUUCCCACAUAAUAUCUGUGGGGGCAAACCGAAGAUUAUCUCGGUUGUUUUCCUUCCUUCCUUCCUUCCUUCCUUCCUUCCUUCCUUCCUUCCUUCCUUCCUUCCUUCCUUCCUUCCUUCCUUCCUUCCUUCCUUCCUUCCUUCCUUCGACACCCGGUGAAAUCUUGGAAAGGCAGAAAGAAAACCCACUUCUUUGCAAUCCCGUUAUUUUGUACCACCCGCCUUUCCUUGCAAGCAGUUUCCUUGUGGGUAGUCUCAUUCAUGGGAGAGAUAGUCCCUUGGCUUUGAUUUUUAGAAGGCGCAGGUCAGGAAAAGAAAAAAGAAAAACAAGGGAAGGAGAAAGUUAAAUCUUAUCUAGGCUGAAAGGGCGGCCUAGAUUAAUCUUCAUUAAUAGUGACCAAAUAGAUCAAAUCCCUAAAGUGUUUUAAACUAAACUGAACUCCAAUUUAAAGUGAAAGCAAGCCCUAAAUGUAGAAAGAGGCCUUUCUAUUUACUUCUAAAUAAGCUCCAAGUGUGGGGAAGCGGGAAAAGAAUGCGGUCUAGAAAAGCACCCAGUCAGCGAGGCGGCCCUCCAUUGGCAUCCCGUUAAUCUCAAUCGGUUUCAAAUAUCUCCUAUUGCAUGAAGUCUAUCAUCAUCUCCUGAAUGUUACUAAGUUAUGACUGGCAUUUAAUAUGCAUCUGUCAUCUCUAAAACACGACAUUUUUUAACUGAAAAUUCAUUCUGAAUAAGGUGAAUUUUUAAAUCACAGUUCUAUAGAAAAUUGGGAUGCCUCUCCUUUGAGAUACCUAAGGAGAAUCCUUUGACUUUCCACAGAAGGACUUUCAGAUCCAUUAGUUUCUAUUCUAUACGUAGCAUUGAAAUAGGAUUGGGGUCGCUGUAUUGUCGAAGGCUUUCAUGGCCGGAAUCACUGGGUUGCUGUGAGUUUUCCGGGCUGUAUGGCCAUGUUCCAGAAACAUUCUCUCACAUCUAUGGCAGGUAUCCUCAGAGGUUGUGAUGUAUAUUGGAAACUAGGCAAAUGAGGUAUAUAUAUCUGUGGAAGGUCCAGAGCGGGAGACGAGUGUGGAUGUUGCGAUUGGCCACCUUGAUUAGCACUGAAAAGCAUUGCACCUUCAAAGUCUGGCUUUGAAGCUCGGUGAAUCCUUUGUUGGGAGGUGUUAGCUGUCCCUAAUUGUUUCAUGUGUGUGUAAUUCCCCCUGUGUUCUGAAUGUUGUUCUUUAUUUACUGUCCUGAUUUUAGAGGGUUUUUUUUUACAUAAAGGUACACAGUUUUAUUCAUUUCCAUGGUUCCUCCUUUGAACAAAAUCUGGCUACCAGUAUUUUUAAAACUCUAAAAUCAGGACAGUAAAUAAAGAACAACACUAAAAAAAAAACAUGGGAAUUCCAGGCAGGAAGCAAUCAGGGCCAGCUAACACCUCCCAACAAAGGAUUCUCCCAGACUUUGAAGCUGCAGGGCUUUCCAAAGCUAAUCAAGGUGAUUAAUUGCAACACUCACACUUGCCUCAAACAGACAAAAGUUCUUUCCCCCACCCUGGACCUUCCACAGAUAUAUAAACCUCAUUUGCCUAGUUUCCAACAAACUUCAUAACCUCUGAGGAUGCCUGCCAUAGAUGUGGAUGAAACAUCAGAGGAGAAUGCUUCUGGAACAUGGCCAUACAGCCUGGAAAACUCAUAGCAAGUCAGGAUGGAGUCGUUUUACUUUGGGGGGAAGGAUUUACUUAUUUGGAGCCUUGAUAUUUAAAUGAAGGCGACUCGUUUUAAGAUAAUUCCUGACCUGCCUGAAAUCCCUAAUUCCUGAGAGAGAGAAAAGAUAUAUUAUAAUGUUGUGUGGAGGGGGGUUAUAACAAAUAAUUCUUAUUUUUCUGGGGGGGAAAUGCAAAAACCUAAAGGCACGAGCCCUUUCCUAGCCUUCCUUUGAGGCUGCUCCACUGUGAUACCACAAUGUUCUUGUUGUUGUUUUUUGGGGAGGGGGAAUUGCACUUCUUUGUCAAAGCUUUAGAUUUCCUUUCCAAAUAGUACUUAUUGAGGGAGCCGGUUGUGUUCGGACUGGAUCGCCCUUUUUUUCUAGUAUCCCUGUCGAUUUGAAACGCGAAGGACACUUGAGAACAAUGGUUAUGGAUAAUAUGCGUAUUUUUUCAAAGAGAGAGAAGAAUGUGUUCUUCAAGAGAGAGUAAUUUUAUACCAAGCUAAAACUAUUGGGACAAAAACGAAGACUGUUUCUCGGAAUUGUGGUGAAUAUAGUAAUAAUAACGGAGGCUAUUUUGUUUCCAAAAUAUAUUAUUGUUAUAUAUUUUUUCAGUGGAUGUUUAAGAGUGAUUUUUAUAUAUAAAUAUAUAUAUAUAUAUCUAGAUCUAUAUCUAUUUUGACCCGAAUGAUCUUGAUUGUGUAGGUGAAUCUGCCUUUGCUCUUUUUUUUUCCUCCUCUGCUUCUUCCUCGCCUUCUUCCAAAAGAAAGAAGUUUAAAUAUUUGGAGCUGAAUGAGAGAAGCUGGGAAAUGUGUUUAUACCUUUUGGAGGAAGGGGAAGAAGCUCCAGCGAUUUCCUGAAUGAUUUUUUUUUUUGUUAUUGUGCCAUUUGGGGACCAACUUUUCUAGAAUUAACCUAGCACUUUUUAUUGUAUGCCGUAGCUUUGUAUAGCCUCCAAUAAAAUGUUUUCUUUUCUCUUUUAA